AUGGCAUUCACCACUCCCACUGAUGACUGGAAUAGCCCACAGGUGUCAAGUAAUGGGAGUGAAGGCUUGUAUAAAGAGCAUGAAGGUAACGUACUAACAACUAUGCAUGAUGAGCAGGCCCUCGAACACUUGCUCGAAAAUCUUCCUGAUGAAAAGGUUUUGUCCUACAUCUUUUUGGUGGCUCUGGGAAAGCUCACUGUUGUCGAAGCCCCGCCCAGUCCUGCCGCAACACCCAUUUCGAUCGACCAGAUUCUGCAAGCACCAUCACCCAGCAUUCCAGAGAGGCAUCUACAAGAUGAACAUGUGGGGAUGGGUAUCUGCCAGGACAUGGCCAUACCAUCUGACAGUCUCGCAGCAGAUGGGUAUGAGCACGACACCCUGCCGACUGAUGAACCGCAUGCCCAUGUCGCCUCACAAGAAAGGCCAUUGCCAGAUGUCUCCGUCCCAGGGACUCCUAACCCCACGGACACCAACGAGGGCUCGGUUGCGAACCCCAGUCACGUUCAAGAGGGCGGGCUGGAGCAUGAUGGUCGUCUACACGAGACUGUUGCAGCAGAGACAGGCGAUGGCGUCGUCCAGCACCCGACUAACACAGACCUCGACGUCACCCAGGAGGUUAACGCUAAAGAGCCGCCCCGGACUCCGGAAUAUGUUUCAUCGCCUCCAAGCCCCAACGCGGAUUCCCAACCCUCUGCCAAAUUGCACCACACUCGUGGUCGAAAACGAAUGCCGGAUCCAUCUACUCCUAAACGAAAACCCAAAAGGCUCAAGAAGAGGUCUACCUCAGAUCAGGUAGAUGGGGUACAAGAAGAGCUGCUAGCAAAGGCUAACCAGUUGAUGUAUGACUCUGUGACUCUCCACGACAUAAUUUUUGUCCUUGAGCGAUUUGCACUACAGCGGGAUUAUAUUGCCACCAGAGGAGACGCUGAUCACAGGGACCAGGACGAGCCGCAGCAGCAGGACCCGAACUGCCAGUUAGGUCUGAAGAGGUGGUGGGAUGGCCUUGGCGCCCACAAGAACGGUGAACGAUGGGAGAAAUGCCUUCAGCGAGUCUUUGCAGGACUUUUUUAUGGCCAGUAUGCUGAUGAGAGGGAUGCUUUCGAUAAGCGGAAGAAAAAGGGGAACCUGCCACAUCCGAGUGAAAUGUACGUGGACGUGUGCUCCCCCGAGACUAUUAUCCCAGAUGCUAAGCUUGCAUCUGAACAGGCCUUUGCUGCCCGUGCCCAAGCCAAGAGGCAUUUUCAAAACGAGGUACAAAAAAAGAAGCUAUGGGGGGAGAUGCAAAAGCGCUACAGUAUAGCUGUGUUCCUGCUGCUCAACCCCACCUUGCAGGAAGAUCAUGUUCGACGACUAAGAGAAUCCAAUCUUGACCUCCUUCUAGACCGCAUCAAUGAGCGACACCCGAGCUUGAAACAAGACAUCCAAGGGCUUUCUGACCAUCUCUCAUAUUACAUUGACAAAGGCAGACUUCCAUUACAGAAAUUACGGUUUGAAGAACUGUCCCGCAGUGAGCUAGAGUCGGAGUGUUUCAAAAGCUUGUCGCUAAGUGAUAUGUUCAAACCCCUCGAGCUGCCUGCAGCAAACGCUCCCUGCAAAGGCCCGUCAACAGAAAAGGUAUCUGUCGAUGCACCCCCGCCUCCGGACCUAUCGCGGCCCGCAUCUUCAUCAUCAUCACUGCGAGACGUUGAUGAGCCUCUCACUACAAGAAUGGAUGUAGACUCUAGGAUAGAUUCUCUCCCUGAUAACUUUGACACAGCAGCAGAUACUCUGGGCUCUUCUCCAGUGGGAUACAAUACCUUUGAAGGCAAGUUUGAGCACUACCACAAUCAAGUAGUGGCUUCUAGGGACCCCAAGUAUGACUUUUCCGUCCCAGACAAUUUUACUGUUUGGCGAUACUAA